UCAAAUUUUUCUUUUUUCAUCCUUUUACGUUCGAUAUGGCUGUGGCUUUGCGUUUCGGUAUAAAUUUAUUAAAAAUUAACAGAAAUUCUGUACAAAGUCUUAACCGAAUUGUGGAUAGCUAUGCAGCACAAAUACAACCAAGCAGUGGAUAUGGCACCGAGGUGACCGUAGAAGCUGCACCUUUAGCGAUAAAGAAACAAAAAGUUAGCAAUGCCAUGAAAGCCUACCUCGAACGUGCGCGAGAAAAUGAUGAAUUCAUGAAAACACAAAAACUAGAGUAUCAAAUUGGUAAAAGGCACUUGGCUAACAUGAUGGGCGAAGAUCCAGAAACAUUUACGCAAGAGGAUAUCGAUAAUGCAAUCGAAUAUCUAUUUCCCUCGGGCUUGUUCGACAAACGUGCACGACCGCUAAUGAAAAGUCCGGAAAAAAUCUUUCCAGUGCGCAAAGCGGCGGAGUUUGACGAAACGGGUCGGCCAUUCCACAGUAUGUUCUAUACUGGAAGCCCUAAUUUCUUCAAAUUGUUGUUCGAUAUUGUGGAGGAGAUGAAUAAAUUAUAUGAACUGGAGGAACGUAUGUUGCGUCGUGGCACGCGCGCUGACCCAAACCAGAAAGUGGACUUCACUGGUUUCGAGUGGUUGCCUAAGAGUCAACUUGAAACCAAGUUGGUCGAACACAUUAACGACUUGGAGUAUACAAAUUUUACAAAUGCCAUGGAUCGCUUAGUGUCAUUACCAUUUUCAUAUAAAAGUCGUGACUUUAUUAACAAAUUCGCCAAACCGUUGCUGGAUCAAACAAAACAAUUGGAAAUACCAAAACCACAAUUCGAUGCAGAUGGUCGUCAAUUUGUUACUACAUAUGAGUGUUUACGUAAGACCGCACGUGGCGAUGUUACUAUACGGCUGCCUGGUACAGGAAAAAUUACAAUUAACGGGCAAGAUAUAACAUAUUUCGAAGAAUUACAGAGUCGAGAGCAGGUGCUCUUCCCGCUUGUUUUCGCUGAUAUGCUUGGUAAAGUUGACAUCGAGGCUAAUGUGGCCGGUGGUGGUCCAUCUGGACAGGCGGGUGCUAUUCGUUGGGGCAUAGCGAUGAGUUUGCGUAGUUUUGUCGAUCAAGAAAUGGUCGAAUCGAUGCGUUUAGCGGGCCUGCUGCAACGUGACUAUCGUCGCCGUGAACGUAAGAAGUUUGGACAGGAGGGUGCACGCCGCAAGUACACUUGGAAGAAGCGUUAAAGCUUAUCAGCUUUGCAUAUUUAAGAAAAACGCCUUAUAAAGAUAAGCAAAUAAGAUGUACUUUUUCGUUAUACCAAAAACAAUUUUAUGUUUGUUAAACACUUUUGUUGUAAGUUAUGUAUAUCAACUAUUGUAGUGCAAAAUGAAAAUAUAUACAACCAAAAAAGCAUUACAAAUA